AACCUAACCUUAAAGUUCACUCAAAUCAUCAACGUGACGUGUGUGCCCGUGCUGUUUGAAUUUAGUUUUUCAGUGCUCACUGGACACUCGGUUGUUUUUCCAACCGAUUUUUCUUACUAAGAUAAUGGAAGAAGGUACUGUAAUCCUUCAAAAUGAGCCAGUUUCCGAGGAACGUAGAAUUUUGUGUUGUCAGUGUGGUUGUGUCAUCGCACCCAACCCUGCUAACAUGUGUGUUGCAUGCUUACGAUCCAAAGUUGAUAUAACCGAGAGUAUCCCUAAACAAGCUACUCUUCAAUGGUGCAAAGGAUGUGAAAGAUACCUACAGCCUCCGCAAGACUGGGUCCAUUGUCCACUAGAAUCCCGAGAACUCCUUGCACUCUGCUUGCGCAAACUGAAAGGUCUAAGUCGUGUCAAACUUGUCGAUGCUGGUUUCAUUUGGACAGAGCCCCACUCUAAACGAAUCAAAGUCAAACUCACUGUCCAAGGAGAGGUUUUUGGUGGUGCAGUUCUUGAGCAAGUGUUUGUUGUUGAGUUCACAGUAGUCAAUCUGUUUUGUGAAGACUGCCAUCGCACGGAAGCAAAGAACUUUUGGCGAGCCUGUGUCCAGGUACGUCAGAAAACUGACAGUAAGAAAACUAUGUACUAUCUUGAACAGCUUAUUUUGAAACAUAAAGCCCAUGAGCAAACGGUGGGCAUUAAACCAAUGGAUGGAGGGCUAGAUUUUUAUUAUGCCACCGAAGUUAAUGCUCGUAAGAUGGUUGACUUUCUGUGUGCUGUUCUGCCCUGUAAAGAUCAGAUGUCCAAAGAGUUAAUUUCUCAUGAUAUUCAUAGUAAUACAUAUAACACGAAAACUACUUACAGUAUAGAAAUUGUACCUGUCUGUAAAGAUAGUAUCGUCUGUUUGCCGAAAUCUUUGGCUCAUAAUUUAGGUGGAAUCAAUCAAUUAUGUUUAGUUGCUAGAGUUGCCAGUUCAGUGCACUUAAUUGAUCCAUUUACUGCCCAAGUCGCGGAUUUAACUGGCAUGGUAUAUUGGCGGAACCCAUUCCAAAUGAUUUUCCACUCUAAACAGUUAAUAGAGUUCAUUGUGAUGGACAUAGAGCUGGUUCGCAAUGAAGAUUUGAAAGUCUUCCCUGGACAAGGUAGAGUCUCUCAUAAGCAUGUUGUAGCAGAUGUGUGGGUUGUGAAGGCUAGUGAGCUUGGUAUAAAUGAAAAUCCAACCCAUGUUAGAUCACACCUUGGACAUUUACUCAAAGUAGGCGACUCAGUCCUUGGCUAUAAUCUUGAAGAUAGCAAUAUCAAUGACCCACAUUUUGAUAAGUUGAAUAAAGACUAUAUCCCAGAUGUUAUUUUAGUGAAGAAGUUCUAUCCACGCGUGAUUACAAAACGAGGAUGGAAGUUGAAGCAUAUAGCAGAAAAAGAAGGUAGUUUGUUCCCAACUGACAAUAACGAUUAUGAUGAGUUUAAAGUUGACCUUGAGGAGGACGUUGAGUAUCGUAAAAAUGUCAAUAUCUACAAGGAUAAGUCAGUAGUUGUUGAUGCUGAUGAUAUAGAUGACCCAUUUGCUCCUCAUAUUACGCUAGAAGAAAUGCUUGAUGAUCUGCACAUUGAUCAGAGUGACCCUGCCAUGGAAGAAUAGCAUUGUAAUUGAUGUAAGUUCUCAAGUCUCAUCAGCGCCUUGAACUUUCAAUGUAAUGGUUGCUCUUUGUCAGCCUUUUCCACCAAUAGUUAUUUUAUGUAUACAAUUUGAUGGCUAAACCUGGAAAACAUGCAUCUUAGUAGCAGAGUUUCAAAAUUGUUGUUCUCAUCUUACUUUUAUUAAAUGAUAUGAAAAGAGUAAACUUAAUCACUGAAAAGUUUUGUUGAAUAGCAUGCAAAUAGAGAAUAGAAAACACGGACUUUUUCCAGAAAUGAUGUUGAAAACUGAAAUGUUGCAAAUUAAAACUCAUGUUUUCCUUGUUCAGCCACGAAUGUGUUUGCCCUGUUGUAAAUGUCCGAGCCAGCCCUGUUUGUCACCUCAUAGCUAAGAAUUGUCCUCAUACCGUAAUAACCUGUUUAUAGGUAAAAUGACAGGAUUUUCACAGUAACAUCUUUUAUACUUCCCAUUAGUGUUCAAAAAGCAAGAGAAUAAUAUUUCUAGCUCACGCGACAUUACUAUAAAUAUGCAACCAUGAAUAUUUUAUCUAUUACUAUUAUGGUAUGUAUUUUUAUACCUUCUCAUUAACUUUAACAAGGGAUAGAUAUUCUUGUAUCAGAGCAAAUUAUUUCUUGUGACAGCCCGUUUUUGAAAGGUUUUAUUCAACCUUUUUUGUAUGAAUCAUUCUUCAAGAACUGUCCAUCAAAUAUAAUAUAGCAACUGAGAUCUAUCUACUUUAGACGUAUCUAGAGAGAACUUUCUUAUUUUGGAAUAAGUUUCAUUCCAAGAUCAGUGCAUAUAUGCUGGGUUUGGAAGUAUUCCAAGGUGUAAAACUUUAUCCAAAAUGUCUUGUGUGGAUUCAUCAUUGCAGUAUUCCAAACUGCUUCUAAUUCUGUCCACUUGAUUGUACUUUAAUUUUACAUCUCCAUCAUAGAAUUGUGAGUAAAUGUUAUCAUUCUGUUUCAA